CACCUCGACGAUUGUGCAAUUUUUCGAAGAACACAUCAGUCAAGUGCUAAGGCUGAAGUAUUUAGCGUACGUUUAGGAACCACCGGAAGGCGGGGGGAGGGUAGUGCAAAUAGAUGAGCCUUACAUAUAGGUGGCGAAGGAGUCUGGAGUAUCAUUCAUCAGUGAGUUAGUGAGUGAGGUAAAAAUGUAUUGUAAAUUGGUUUUUGUGUGUUUGGCGGUGGGCAGCGUCAGGGCUGCGCCUGCGGCGACCGAUGUCGUGCCGCUAGAGAAGCAGCAGCCUACAGUUAUUCCUAUUGUUUCACAGUCGGAAGAGUUAGAAAAUAAUGGAACGUACAAAUUCAGUUACGAAACUGGCAACGGGAUCAAGCGUGAAGAAACUUCGUACGACAAAGUUCUCCCGAAAGCGCAGGGGCGGUCGGCGGGAGAUAGCAAUGAGGGUGGAGAGAGCGAGGAGAGCAACGAGGUGCAUGUGCAGCAGGGAUCCUACUCCUACACCGCGCCUGAUGGCACUGUCAUUAGUGUCAGGUACAUUGCCGAUGAAAAUGGCUUCAGGCCAAUUGGCGAUCACAUUGCCCCAUCAAUUGUAGCCGCGGCCGCAGCAGCCGGUUCUUCAGCUGAAAAAUUAAAUGCGGCUGACAGUGCAAACUCCGCUUCCGCGCCUAAGCCUGCAGCGGCACCCGCACCUAAGGCUGCUGCAGCCCCUGCACCUAAAGCUGCUGCCGCAUCCGCUCCUGAACAAAAGAGCGAGAAACCAGAAGCAGCUGCGUCUGCUCCAGUUGAAGCUUCAACCACUGAAACUGCCAAGACAACAGAGAGUGAAGCAUCUGCUGAAAAUGCCAGCGAAGCCUCGCCUAGCACAACUGAAGCAAGCACUACCAGUACUAGUAGCGAAGCCACAGAUGCUAGUGAAGCAAGCACUACCAGUGCUAGUAGCAAAGCCACAGAUGCUAGUGAAGCAAGCACGCCUGCUGAACCGACAACUAAGUCUGCUGAUGCUACCACCCCAGCUACUUCAGAAGAGCCCUCUUCUACUAGCGCUGAUGCGUCUACCACUGAAGCUGCCUCUACCACUGCUGCCUAAGCCUAUCCAAACA